AUGGCCAAACCCAUAGCCUGGGGUACUUUAUGUUACCUACCACUUGUGGAUGGCUGGAAGCUCUACAACGACCUCCUCGGCGACAUCGUGUCCACCUCUACGGAACCGCAGAUCUCCCAGGACCUAAUAUAUUUCCUGGACUCCGUCCUCAGCGAAGACAUCAGCAUUGUCGCCGCCCGCCCCAUCCUCGACUCCUUCAUCGCCGUGCUCCGCAAACUCACCCAGGAAACUCAAAUCAGCGUUGGCCAACACGCCGUCACCCUCCUCCAAUCCCGCUCAACCUCCGUCGAAGAACAAGAUGCUCAGAUCCGUGAGCUCCUUGCAGACGCCUACGAGGCCGAAGGCCAAUACACCGACGCCGCCAAAGCCCUCCAGGGCAUCCACAUCGAUAGUUCGCAGCGCCUGGUCUCUGACGCAGCCAAGGUGCAACUGUGGAUCCGCAUCGUGAGAUAUUAUCUGGAGGAGGAUGACACGACGAGCGCAGAGGCUUUUUUGAACCGCAUCAAGAACUUGCCAAGUAAGAUUGAGGACCAUGACUUGAAGUUACAUUUCAAGCUGUCGCAAGCUCGGAUCCUGGAUGCUCGUCGACGUUUCCUUGAAGCCAGUCAGGAGUACUUCAAUGUUAGUUUGGCGGCGGGAGUGGAUGAAAUGGACCGUUUGCAAGCCUUGGCGGCUGCUAUUCGGUGUGCGGUGCUCGCUCCUGCUGGUCCUCAGCGGUCGCGCAUCCUGGCUACGCUGUACAAAGAUGAUCGGUCAACGUCGGUGGAUGAGUUUGCUAUUCUGGAGAAGAUGUUCCUUGAUCGGUUGCUGGACCCAGAGGAGGUGGCUGCGUUUGCCCAGCGGUUGGCCCCGCAUCAGCUGGCGGUGACGGCCGAUGGGACUACCGUGCUUGAUAAGGCGGUUGUGGAACAUAACCUUGUUGCGGCGAGUAAGCUCUACGAGAAUAUUACUACCGAUGCAUUGGGGGCGAUCUUGGGACUCCAAGGGAGUGGGGACUUUACCGCGGGGGAGAAGGCGGAAGAUUAUGCCGCGAGGAUGGUCGAGCAGGGCAGAUUGAAAGGAAGUAUUGAUCAGAUCGCUGGAAUCAUAUACUUUGACUCUGGUAAUGCUGCUACGGGACAGCAUAUCCGGCAGUGGGAUGCUGGAGUGCAAGGGUUGGCGGAGGACGUGGAAAGAGUGGCGACUAGCAUUACGAAUGCGUUUCCGGACUUUGCAGCUGGUCAGGCGGCAGUGCAUUGAGGUGCAAAGUUCAAUAGACAAUGAAUCGGAUAUUAGCUAUAGCGACAAUUCUUUUGUUUCCCAAGUGUAUGGGCAGUUACAUGCGCAGAUUGCAUGAUUUAUUUCAUCACGAUCAUCAUUAAUUAUCCAAUUAACACGCGUCUGGUUAAAGCAACCAACGAUAGAUAAGCCAGAU